GCGCCUCCAACCGGGGACAGUACAUUUUCAGUCGGCAGGACGGGAAGGAUGUUUAUAUUGUGGAAGUGAAAGCAGAGAGGAGAAAGGACAGCCGGAGCGGAGUCUUUUGCAGGCCUUCCUCCUCACUCACUCUGUGUGUGGCAUGCAUCAUCUCUGGGUGUGGCGGUGUUCCAGACGGUGAACUUCGCCCCGCUCUCUCCCUUUGCACACAACUUUAACAAACCAGCAACUUCGGCCGAGGAGGGCUGCUGCUCUUCUCCACUCGGGCGUGUGUGGGUCUCCUCCUCCAUCACGAGCAGCCCCCCUCCUCUGCCCCCCAACAGCUCUGGCUGCAAUGCCGCUCCAGGGGGUGCUCUCAGCCCUCCCGGAGGCCGUGGCACCUCUGCCAGCAUUCCUGUUGUUCCUGGCUGUGUUUCUGAUCGUUGCUGACUACAGGAAAAAUCGGCGCCCAAAGGAUUUCCCUCCUGGGCCUCAGCCCUUUCCUUUUGUGGGCAACAUCAUGCAGAUGACCUAUAAGAACCCUCUUGUUGGCAUACAAAAGCUUGAAGAAAAAUAUGGCAACAUCUUCAGUAUGCAGAUUGGCAACGUGUGGUCUGUGGUUGUAACUGGACUGCCUCUGGUGAAGGAAGCUCUCGUUCAUCAAGGAGAACAUUUCGUAGAUCGGCCGACCUUUCCUUUGCUCGAGGAGGUUUUUGGACCAUAUGGGUUGAUCAACUCGAAUGGAAGCAUCUGGAAAGAACAAAGACGAUUUGCUUUAUCAACUCUCAGAAACUUUGGUUUGGGGAGGAGAAGUUUAGAAAAUCGAAUACAAGAAGAGACCCGGUUCCUUACUGAGGCGAUCAGAGAUGAAAGAGGUCAGCCAUUUGACCCGCAUUUUCAGAUUAAUAACGCCGUUUCAAAUAUCAUCUGUUCCGUCACUUUUGGGGACCGCUAUGAUUACCAUGACAGCCAAUUCCGGAAGCUGCUGCAUUUGCUUGAUGAGGCACUCUACCUUCAAGGAAGUAUUGGGAGUCAGAUGUUCAAUGUCUUUCCAACCCUAAUGAAAUACUUGCCAGGAUCCCAUCAGACUGUUCGUAAUAACUGGAGACAAAUUAAAUGCUUUGUAAAAGAAAGAAUUGAAAAGCACAAAGCAGACUGGAACCCCUCUCAGCCAAGGGACUUCAUUGAUGCUUAUCUCAAUGAAAUAGCGAAGGAGGGUGCUGCUGCCAGUUUCCAUGAGGAGAAUUUGAUAUUUUCAACAUUAGAUCUGUUUUUCGCUGGGACAGAAACGACGUCUACAACAUUGCGCUGGGCUUUGCUGUACAUGGCCAUUCAUCCAGAAGUUCAAGCAAAGGUGCAAGCUGAAAUAGACUCUGUGAUCGGCCAGUCUGGCCUGCCUACCAUGGACGACAGGGAACGCCUGCCCUAUACCCAUGCAGUUGUUCAUGAAAUUCAAAGGAAAAGCAACAUAUUGCCUUUCGGUGCGCCACGGAUGACAAGUUGUGACACCACAUUGGCUGGAUAUCGUUUGCCCAAAGGAACUCUUUUCCUGGUCUACUUGACAGCAGUGCUGUUUGAUAAGGAGGAGUGGGAAACUCCAGAUGUCUUCAAUCCUGACCAUUUCUUGGAAAAUGGUCAGUUCAAGAAGAAGGAAGCAUUCCUGCCAUUCUCCGCAGGAAAGCGAGUUUGUCUUGGGGAGCAGCUGGCCAGGACGGAACUUUUCAUUUUCUUCACCGCCCUCCUUCAGAAGUUCACUUUCCAGGCUCCAAAGGGUGUCAACUUAAACCUUGACUGCAAAUGGGGACUCACGUGUUCCCCCCAACCUUACCGCAUCUGUGCACUCCUUCGUUAAAAGAAGCAUACGAAUAUAAGAACAUAAGAACUAGCCUGCUGGAUCAGACCAGAGUCCAUCUAGUCCAGCACUCUGCUACUCGCAGUGGCCCACCAGGUGCCUUUGGGAGCUCUGCAUAGAUUCUGCUAUGGCUUUCCCUAAAAUUAAUUUUAGCUGAUCAUCUUCUUUCUGUUCUUGCUCUUAGGGUUUAUUGGCUUCUGUGAAGGGAGGGGAUUUCCUGCAGUUUAAACAAAGGAAAUCAUACUGUAUAGUUCUGUGGCGGCAAACCUUUCGCACUCCAGAUGUUAUGGACUACAAUUCCCAUCA